UCCACGGGCCUUGGUCGCGCGUGGUGGUUUUUUUUUUGCGCAUUUGAUUGCUUUGUGUUUUGAGAAGAUGGCGCGAAACUGGGAUUUUCCUUGAGGCCUUCAACGAAUGGCCGUUAACAGGAUCAGAGAAUUGGAAGAUCUCUUCGUACCUCUUCUGCAGCAAUGCGAAACCCUAGCGGAUGUGAAGAAAAUCCAUGGCUGCAUCAUCAAGCAUCGACUUUCUCAGAGCAACUUCCUCGUGACGAAGAUGGUUGACGCGUGUGAUAAAGCAGGGGCUAUGGCCUACGCGAAUCGUCUGUUCAAAGGAGUUAUAGAUCCUAAUGUAUUUUUAUACAAUUCGAUCAUUCGGGCUUAUACCCAUCACUCGAUGUACAACGAUGCUGUCGGUGUCUACAAGCUAAUGCUGAAAAACCCAGAAUCAGAGAAUCCUGUAGUUCCGGACAGAUUCACUUUUCCGUUCGUGAUUAAAUCUUGCGCAGGGCUUGGAUUUUAUGAACUGGGUAAACAAGUUCAUGGGCAUCUCUUCAAGUUCCGGCCGAAAUUCCAUGUUGUGACGAAGAAUGCGCUGAUAGAUAUGUACACGAAGUUUGAUGAUGUAGUCAACGCACAUAGAGUGUUCGACGAAAUGUAUGAGAGAGAUGUUAUCUCGUGGAACAGUCUUGUUUCUGGGUAUGCCCGGCUUGGACAGAUGAGGAAAGCAAGAGCAUUGUUCUGUACGAUGCCAGAUAAGACUAUUGUUUCUUGGACAGCCAUGAUCUCAGGGUACACAAAAAUAGGGUCUUAUGUAGAUGCAGUGGAUAUUUUCCGCCAGAUGCAGAUAGCGGGUAUUGGGCCUGAUGAGAUCAGUGUAAUCUCUGUUUUGCCGUCAUGUGCCCAUCUCGGAGCUCUAGAGCUUGGGAAAUGGAUCCAUAGGUAUUCAGAGAGAAAAGGGUUUCUGAAACAAACCGGUGUUUGCAAUGCCCUUAUUGAAAUGUACUCCAAAUGUGGUGUGAUCAGCCAAGCAAUCCAGUUGUUCGAUCAGAUGCAUGAAAAGGAUGUUAUUUCCUGGAGUACGAUGAUUUCAGGGUUUGCAAAUCAUGGAAAUGCCUGUGAAGCUAUUGAAACAUUCCGGGAAAUGCAGAGGACUAACGUAACGCCUAAUGGGAUCACAUUUCUUGGCCUUUUAUCUGCUUGUGCACACGCAGGUCUAUGGAAAGAAGGGUUGAGAUAUUUUAAAAUGAUGAGACAGGACUAUAAGAUAGGACCAGUGGUCGAGCAUUACGGGUGUUUGGUUGAUGUUUUGGCGCGGGCAGGACAAAUGGGUCGAGCUCUUGAAAUAGCUCGGACAAUGCCGAUGAAUCCUGACUCAAAGAUUUGGGGUUCGCUCCUGAGUGCUUGCAGGACACAUGGAAAUCUGGAGGUUGCCCUGAUUGCAAUGGAUCAUCUUCUCGAGCUAGAACCGGAUGAUACAGGUAAUUACGUGCUGCUUUCAAAUAUCUAUGCAGAUCUCGGGAUGUGGGAGGGCGUUUCGGGAAUAAGGAAGCUCAUUAGGAGCAAGAGUAUGAAGAAAAUGCCGGGGUGUAGCUUGAUAGAGGUGAACAAUGUGGUUGAAGAGUUUGUUGCUAGAGAUCAUAAUAAACCCUACUGGAGAGAGAUCUGUUUUGUGUUAGAGAUGUUUUCUAUGCACCAGAAUGUAAUAAAAAAUGGAGAUUUGUCUGAGAUUAUGGCAGGAUAUGGCAAUGAAGAUCUUGAUCAUGGAAUUCCAGCAUUCCAUGAGUAAAAGUUAUGUCCUUUUUGUAUCAUUACUGUUUGAUGAU